CCUCACAAAAUCCGAAUCACUUACACAGCUCUGUCUCUUCCUCAUCUCUCUGGAAGGCUGGAACCCCGAAUUCCUGCCAUCAUGCUCCAAAGCCUCCUCCCUCCAUCCCCCAUCAAUCCCACCACGACCACCUCCUCCUCCGAAGCCGCUCCGGCGACUUCCAAGCGCUCCUCCUCCCCAUCCUCCUCCUCCGACCCCCGCCCCCUCAAACACCCCAACCUCGACAUCUCCACCGACCCGCCCGCCGCCGACUCUCCGGAGAUCGAAUCCCGCGGCCUCCGUCUCCUCAGCCUCCUCCUCCAAUGCGCCGAAUCAGUCGCCGUCGACAAUCUCUCCGGCGCCCUCACCUUCCUUCCCGAAAUCACUUCUCUAUCGUCUCCCUUCGGCUCCUCCCCCGAACGCGUCGCCGCUUACUUCUCCGAUGCCCUCCGGGCCCGCAUCCUCUCCUCAUACCUCUCCUCAUACUCCCCUCUCCCUCUCAAAACCCUAACCCUAACUCACCGCAUCCCCCGUUCCUUCCACCUCCUCAACUCCCUCACCCCUCUCAUCAAAUUCUCACACUUCACCUCCAACCAGGCCAUCUUCCAAUCCAUCCACUUCUUCUCCCGUCUCCACAUCGUCGAUUUCGACAUCAUGCAGGGCCUUCAGUGGCCGGGUCUCUUCCACAUCCUCGCAUCUCGUCCCCGCCCCAUUGAAUCAAUUCGAAUCACCGGAAUUGGCCCUGAUUCCGAUCUCCUCGAAGCCACCGGCCGGCGAUUAGCCGAUUUCGCCGCUUCCCUCAACCUCCCCUUUCAAUUCACCCCGCUCGAAGGCAAGAUAGCCGACCUCGCAACCGAUUUUACUCCUUUCUGCCACCGUAACCCCGCAGAAGCUACUGUCGUUCACUGGACCCAACAUUGCCUCUACGAUGUCACUGGAUCAGAUAUCGCCGCCGCACAAUUCUUAUCCUCCCUCCGCCCCCGUCUCCUCACCGUCGUCGAACAGGAUCUCGGCCAUGGCAGCGGCGGAGGAUUCCUCGGCAGGUUUGUCGAAGCCCUGCAUUACUAUUCUGCUCUGUUUGAUGCGAUUGGGGAUGGAGGGGGUGGUGGGGAAGAGAGAUGGGAAGUGGAGAGAGGGGUUUUGGGUGGGGAGAUAAAAAAUAUUGUGGCGGUUGGAGGGCCGAAGAGGACUGGGGAGGUGAAGGUAGAAAGGUGGGGGGAUGAGCUCCGGCGAGUAGGCUUCCGUCCAGUUUCUCUCGCCGGAAGUCCGGCUGCUCAGGCGAGCUUGCUUUUGGGAAUGGUGCCGUGGAAGGGGUACACGUUGGCGGAGGAAGGAGGGAGAUUGAAAUUGGGAUGGAAGGAUUUAUCGCUUCUUACCGCUUCGGCGUGGCGGCCGGCGAACAUUGCCGGAAAAGAAGAAGAUGGAGGGGAGGAGGAAUGGGACAGGAGUGAAGGGAUCUCUUUUUGAAAAUUUAAAAA